UUGUGUUCCAUUUUUUGGAUAUUGUGAAUCUUUUCUUUUUAUGUUUCAGUAUUCAACCCAGUCUGUUAAUAGACUUGUCUCAACUUUUUGGAUAACUUUGCCAGAUACAACUUCCUUCCCAGACUGACCUGACCUGGAUACCCACCAUGCACAACAGCACUGCUGAAAUUCUGCACGCGGAUGAGACGUGUAACGAGACUUGUUCCAGCCAGCCACGGAGCUCCGAGUUCUCCCUGGGUGUGUUGGUGCUGCUGGCUUUCCUCAUGGUGUUGCUGUGUCUGGUGACCAUCCUUGGAAACAUGCUGGUGAUCCUUGCUUUCAUUAUGGACAGAGACCUCAGGCAUCGGAGUAACUAUUUCUUUCUGAAUCUUGCUGUUUCUGACUUUGCAGUGGCUGAGUUCUGCAUGCCCCUCUACAUCCCUUACAGCCUGACAGGGAAAUGGCACUUGGGAAGAGGCUUCUGCAAGCUCUGGCUGGUCAUGGACUAUCUCCUCUGCACAGCUUCGGUGUUUAACAUUGUUCUUAUCAGCUAUGACCGUUUCCUGUUGGUUACUAAAGCUGUAUCUUACAGAGCCCAGCAGGGAAUAACAUCCAACCCUGCCAUUGAGAUGGUGGCCAUUUGCCUGCUUGCUUUCCUCCUGUACUGGCCAACCAUCCUGUUUUGGGAGCAUGUGGCCAGACACAGCGUGGUAGCGGUGGAUCAGUGCUACGCCAAGUUCUUUGACAACUGGUACUUCCUCCUGUGUGCAUCCACCCUGGAUUUCUUUGUGCCCCUGGUCUUGGUGACCUACUUCAACGUGCACAUUUUCCACAACAUCCAGCGGUGCCAGCGGUGUGGCAGCGUGCAGGACUGUGAGCCUCCCAGGAGCAGCAGCCUGUCCUGGAGGUUUUGAGGCUUGCCAAGGCCAGGGGCAUCAUCUCCUUCGUCAGAAGCAGAGGACAGUGUUUCUUCUUCCAUGAGACCAAAAAAAGAGUCUUUGGAAACUGACUGCUCAUCUCCAUCCGGAGACACUUCUGUAAC